CGGAGCACUCCCGAGAUGACAGGUGGUUGUCGGAUCCCGACAGGAUCGAGGGGCGCCCUCCGAAACGAGAACGGCUUCUGGAUCAAAGGUGCCUCCUGGAUUGGGAACGCCCUCUGGAUCGGAAUCUCCCCAUGGAUUAAGAACGUGGAAGACAUGAACGGAUUUCUUGCCAAAUGCCUGCUGAUGGGACUAGCUACUGGGACCGUUGCCCUGAUCAUUGGCCCUGACUAUGCCGAAGCAGUAGCUCUGUCAACAGGAGGCUUUCUAGAUGUUCUUGGAAAGUUAUUCGGAAGAAAUGCGGAAACAUCGAAGAAGUGAAUGUGUGCCUUCGGAUACCACGUGACCGUAUUACGGUUAAUAAAGUAGCCGGUCAAAAUUCAAUAAAUGAUUCGAAACAGAA